AUGGCUGAUUGGGUAGCUGCAUUUGGGAUCGGGCUCAUUUCUCACAACCAAGGCAAUUCAUUUGCUGGUAUAGUUGAUGGAGAUAGAGCACUUAAGGCAUUUUGGGUCUCAUUUCUCUUGUUACAUCUUGGCGGUCCGGACACCAUCACUGCCUUCGCUUUGGAAGAUAGUUCGCUUUGGCUACGCCACAUGCUCAGUCUCAUCUUCCAAGUUGUCGCCGUUGUUUAUGUCUUUGUACAUAUAUUUCUUAGCGACAAAUCACUAGUGAUCCCAACGAUGCUAGUGUUUCUUGCUGCAGUUAUUAAAAAUGUAGAGAGGACAUUGGCACUUAAUCUCUCAAGCCUCAAGAGGCUUAGGAAAUCGAUGUUGAGACUCAACACACCUUUUGAUAGUGAAGCUAUUGAGUUCCCUAAAGAAUGGUAUAAAGCAUACGAGGGGUUGGUUGAAGAACUUGGUGCUCUAGGGUAUGAAUGUCCUAAUAAAGAAGAAGCAAAGCUUCCUGAGACUAUUGUGGUGAAGCAUGCUCACUCCUUCUUUCAAAUCUUUAAGGUCAUCAUUGGAGAUCGCAUGUUCACACAGAACCAACGGUCUAUAAGUCGCGAAUAUUUCUACAAGAUUUCUGCGGUGGAUGCAUUGAGGGUGAUAUCCGUUGAACUCCAUUUCAUUUAUGAGGUGCUCCAUACAAAAGCAUUAGUAAUACACUCCAAGUGGAGCUAUGUUUUCCGCUUCAUAGCCUUAAGUGAUAUUGUGAUUGCUUUGGUCCUAUUCAAUCGUUUGAAGAAGCAUCAGCUUCCUGAACUCGCUGUGGAAAUUACUUAUACCCUUCUUUUCGGAGGGAUUGCUCUUGAUGUGAUAGCUCUAUUCAUGCUCAUUUUCUCCGAUUGGAUUGUUGCUGGAAAAGAGCAAGAUUCAUUUAUCCACAAGUCAGUAUCUGCCGUGUAUAACUUGAGGAAGCCUCGAUUCGUCACAUAUAAACCAAAGUGUGAUGCUAAUGUUACUUAUGCGGUCUUAGAUACACCAUUUAUAUUUCGAAGGUGGUCAGAAUCUGUCUCUGCUUGCAACAUUGUCUCCAUAUUCUUGAAGAAGAGACCGAGAGAGAUGUAUAAGUGUGAUCGCCAUUGGGGUUUCAUAAUCUUUUCUAGUAUCCGCAAAUUUUCAUCCUGUAUGACUGAGAAAAUAAUCUCUUUUUUCCAUCAAGCUGGCAACACAAUUGCCAAAGGCUGUGGUUUGCAGACAAGGACAUUAGCGAUUGAGAAUACGAGGUACGUGUCCAAGCAUCCCCUUAUUAAUAAGCUAUGGGCCUUUAUUUUUGAGGAGGUAAAACGUAAGUCCACGGAUGCAGAUAAUUUAAGCAAGAUAAAGGAGAUAUUUGAGGCUAGAGGUGCUUUGUCUCUCAAGAGUAGCAACGGGGAAAUCGAUAGCGAACAUCCUUUAAAGAGGGUCACCGAUGAAGUUUUUGAUAAGAGUAUUCUAAUUUUGCAUGUCAUUACUGAAUUGUUGUACAACAUGGAGAGCCCAUUUACAGACACAAAUGAUGAAAGGGAAUUUAGCAAGAUCCUUUCCGACUACAUGAUGUAUCUUUUAAUUAAUCAGUCUAAUGCAAUGUCCGCCGUGGCGGGUGUUUCCGGAAUGAUGAUAGCGACGUUAUUAUUGUGUCUAGAAGAAGACAAGGAUCAUGCGAUCGAGGAUGUGAAGGGGCGGUGCAAGGCAUUUUUUAGUGAUCCUGAGGACUUGCUCCUCGAUAUGGGAAAGCUCGGGGAAAGGAAGUGGAAGGUGAUAAGCGGAGUGUGGGUUGAGAUGCUGUCAUACGCUGCGCUUCAUAUUCAGGUAGAGGCACAUCUGCAACUGCUGAGCAAAGGGGGAGAGCUUUUAACCUUUGUUUGGCUUUUGAUGGUUCAUUUCGGUUGUUACUACAAACCUGACUAUGACAUAGAUCGGUUGGGAUACCACUACUCAAAUUGGUAA